UAUUACCGAUUGCCACUACCGAUAAUCCAUAUGUAAAUCCGUUAUCGGCAGCAGAUUCAGCAUUUAACUUAGAAACUAAUCAAUCGGUAGCAGAUUCAGCAUUUAACUUAGAAACUAAUCAAUCGGCAGCAGAUUCAACAUUUAACUUAGAAACCAAUCAAUCGACAGCAGAUUCAACAUUUAACUCAGAAACCAAUCAAACUAAUCAACCGGAGCCACAUAAUUGUAUCUCAAUUGAAGAUAUUAAUGCCAACAAAAUGCCAAUCGAAGAUCCCACAAAUACUCUAUAUAUAAAAAAUUUAUCCCAGAGAAAAAUUGAAGAUAAAGAGUUGGAAUAUCUUUUUGGUAGAUAUUUUCAAUCACGUUCAGAAAUGGAAAGUCAGUUGGGAAUUCAAUUAUUGAAAGGACGAAUGAGAGGGCAGGCAUUCAUAAAGCUUCCUAGUCUAGAAAUAGCAACACAAGCCUUAAACGAAUUGCACGGAUCUACGGAAACAAACAAGAGUUCCUGA